AGCUGCACAACCAUCUCCAAUUGCAUGAGACCCCGAUAAACAAAGAAAAAAAAGAACAGAUUGAAAACAUUUAUUACUUGAGAUUAGUCCAAAGUGUUGAUUCGUUGCGACAAGAUGUACAAGGGUUUGGCUUUUGCCUCUGGCCUCUUGGCUUUCUGUGGCUUUAUUACCUGCUUUGGGGCCUUUCACAUGCUCAACAAAAUUGUCCACAUCAAUGGAAAUGAUAUUUUGGCAAUGCAUGAGGAGAAUGUGAAACUCUCAAGCGAUUACAGUGAUUGCCACAAUGCCUAUAUAUUGGAUGAUUUGGAUAAUUUACAUCUCACUCGGCUGGAAUUAUUCUACAUGAAGUGGUCGGUGGUGUUGAGCAUUUUAUAUUCAUUCGCCGUCAUGAUACUGAUUAGGGUCAAGUAUUUAAGCAAUUUCGAUAUCAAUUUCAUCACAUCCAAUACGAUGAUGCUUGUGGGUGCCUUGCUAACUAUGGUCCUAGUGAUUGCCACUUGCCGACUGAAUGAGCUUACACUCUUCAUUGAGGACUGGUGCAAUGAUGUCCUUGUCUAUAACAUGUUCUUUAUAGCACUCAACACAUCGGUGGCUGUUGUAUUCUUUCUCAUUCCCUCGUGCCAGUAUUACUUUGAAUUAGCCAAGAAUCAAGCAUUCUGAUCUAAUCAAAGAUUAUUUAUAUUAGUUUGCUUUAAUCAUUGUAAUUUUAUAAUCAGUCCAAGCUGCCACAAAGAAAAUCAAUCCAUUAAUAUUCUUAUCUACUCUGUCUACAGUCUGAGGUAUAUGUAUAUUCAAGUUAAAGUUAUAUUUUACUUUCUUUUAUUCAAAUUAAAAUGUAUUUAAAAAAAAAAAGAAGCUAUCCCUACCUAAUUUAAAUCCUGGCCACGGUCUUGGGUUAAAAUAUAUGUAUAUUCUAUGGUUCAAUUCCAA